UAUUCCGGCAACAUUGUCUUUCAUUUCUGAAUUUUGAGAGAAGCGCGUUGUCGACAGAAAAUAAAUCUCAUUUAUUUAACUGUUUAUUCUUGUUGAAAAUUAGCUUUAUUUCAAAAUGAAGAUCUUGGCGUUCGUCUGUUUACUGAAACUUGCCAUGUGCAUAGCAUUGCCGGCUGAACAGUCUGGAACCCAACUGGGGACUACAGUACCCGUUCCUCAUGAUAUCCCUCAAGCUCCAGGUAAACCUGAAGAAAACGCAACAGCAGUUCAGCCUACGAAACAAAACACAACUUCUGCAGUAGAUACUAAGACUGAUGAUAAAAAAGUAAAACCUGAAGCAGAAAAAGUCACAGAAGCAACACCUGUAUCCGCGUCAUCAGUGCCUGCUUCUGUGAAACCAGAUGAACAUGCCAGCACAAAAGACAACAAAGUAGUUGAUAAAGAGACAAAAGAAAAAACCGAUGAAGAGAAAAAGGGUCCCGUUUCUGAACCAACUAAAAUUGUACCAGAACACCAGACAGAAGCUGCUAAAAAAAGUGAAACAAGCUCGUCAACUGAAGCCAAAAAAGAGGAUGCGACCACUCCGAAAUCAGAACUUGCCAAAUCUACUGAAGCCCCCACACACAUAGAACCAACUGUACAGGCAAGAGCAUUUGAUGGACCAAGCUUUGUUGGUGGAAUCAUACUGACCCUUGGUCUCUUGGCUAUAGGAUUCAUGGGAUUCAAAUACUACAAGAACCACACUGAAAGAAACUACCAUACACUAUAAAUUUCAUCUCGAAUAAAGUGCACCAAUUUAUUGUAAGAAUUUAUGUUUUAGUAUUUUAUUUUCUGAGUGCACUACCACGUUUUAUAAAUUGUAAAACAGGGUUUUUACAUUCAUGUACCUAUAUAAAUGUUUUCACAUUAGAAGUUUGUAACGGGGUUUUGGUCCUAGUUAUAAUUUGAGAUUCGAAUUUAUGUUUUGAUUUUAAGUCUUCAUUUAAGAAUGUUACGGCAUAAUGUUUAUUUUUGUGUAUGAUGCACAUUUUUCUUUAAAGCACUAAACUUUUAUUCUUAAAGAGAAUAUUAAUAAGAUUGAUAUAAUUAAUGGCUAAGCUUUCAUGUAUCUUUGAGUGCAAUUUUGUUGUAGAUAUUUUAAACCGUGCCAUGGUUUUCGGGGAAUCUCGCAUUUAAAGUAUAAUCGCAGCUUCACCUACUUGAAAUAUAUUUUUUAAGAAAAUAUUCUAUUAACAUAAGUGUUAUUUUAAGGAAACUCAAUGUGAUGAUGAAAAGGGUCUAAAGUAGAACCAAUUCCGUUUUGACACAAACAAGUUUUUGAAUCUCCUAUCUCUGUGUUUUUGUUUGAAAACAAUUCAUUACCAAUUUACUGAAUCUCCUUCAAAUGCUUAAAACUAAUUUUUUUUUUCGUUGUUCUUUUUCUUUUUAAAUGGAUUAUAACCAGCUAUUUAUAAACUGGGUAAAGUUGAUUCCAUCCUGAAGUGCUCUUAAUAUAACUGGUCUAUUAUUCGAAUAAUCGUUCAGAGAUGUAUAAUUCACUGUUGUUUCCUGUUAUAUAUAAAUAUUGCUACUUGUGUCACAGUCAAUGGUUAUGUUAAAUUUAAAUAAACAUAUAUUGAAAAA